AUGACCAAACAUUCUUGGCAGUUGUACAGGAGCGCAUUGCUGCUUGCAGACAAGGUGGAAAGUCUGAACAACGUGCAUGUUGGUGGAAAAGAAGAGAUGCGGCAGGUCGAAGCCAACACUGUGAGUAGCAGGGAGCAGACAGCACGAGUUUACAUUCCUACCGGUGCUCAGCCACGGAUGAGUCGUCUGCGAAGAGAAUCUUAUAGAAACAUCCGCAUAGCCUCGUCUGGACUGAGUGGGUACUCUGGUUCGAAUGUCUCUGACACAAGGACAUAUCCACCACCUAAAGUUGAUGUCAAGAGACGGAUUCAGCAGGAAGAAAUGAAUGCAAGAUUCACCUUGCACGAAGGCAACACAGUGCGCCAGGGUAGUUGCGAUGGUUCCUCAGUUGCUGCCAUGGUAAUGUCGGGGAGCCGUGACGAUAGGCUCGUCCUGCCCAACCUUCACUACAUCAAAGUUCACGAACUACGCGCGCUGAUCGAAUGGAUGACCAAGAUGGAGGCAGUGGCGCAAUCUGGAUCGAUGAGCUGCGUGGAGAAAGUACUGCACUGUAUACAGCUGCUACAAACUGGCUGUCGCUAUGAAUCUCUCGCGGUGAUCUUCUCGCGUUCACCGUGCGAAAUCAAGGACUCGUGCCUCGAGGUCAUGAAGGGUUUGCUGCAAUUGCACGGGGCAACGGUGAACCGGGUAGGGGGACAAGAGAUGUACAUGCCACUAUGGAAGAUUUGGAGGAAGUUUGAAGCAACGAAGGGCAGAGCAAGCGCGUACUAUGGGUUCCAAUGGAUCGAGGUGGCGAAGGUGCUGGUCACGCUCAAUCUGUACAUUGGCAGGUGGCGCAUGCAGGGCAUGUUUGCGACAGAUGGGCCGACAUUCCUAUGGGGUCGGUUCUUCGUGUCUCAUGGUGGUGGUGGUGGUGGUGGUGGUGUGCAGCCCAUGAAGAGGGUGGUGGUAGCCAGCACAAUUGAGGGUGAGGUUGUCGAUGACGACAACGACGACAGUACCGGUACGGACAAGAAUUGCGGUGUGCAGAGCGUACCAGAACAAGGACUGGAAAUGGAGGACGAGAGAGGGGUGAUGCAAGAGCACAGCCAGGCUAUCACAGCUUGCUAG